AUGGCUACUCCUCGAGUGAAGGCCUCAGUCCUGCACGGGUCCCGCGACCUGCGACUGGAAGAACGGGAUCUGCCUCCUCUCGGUGCCAAUGACGUCCAAGUGGCUGUCAAGGCGACCGGCCUCUGCGGCUCGGACCUGCAUUACUUCGGCCACUUCCGCAACGGCGACAUCCUGGUGCGCGAGCCCCUUACUCUGGGCCACGAGUCGGCCGGCGUCGUCACCGCCGUGGGCUCCGCUGUGACCUCACUCCAACUGGGAGACCAUGUCGCUCUCGAGGUCGGCCAACCGUGCGAGAAGUGCGAGCUGUGCCAGGAGGGCCGUUAUAAUAUCUGCAGGGAGAUGAAAUUCAGGAGCUCGGCAAAGGCAUACCCCCACGCUCAGGGAACGCUCCAGGAGCAGAUAACACAUCCGGCAAGCUGGUGCCACAAACUCCCUCCAGACGUGUCUCUAGAGCUCGGCGCCCUCGUCGAGCCCUUGUCCGUCGCCCUCCACGCCUCGGACAGGGCACGCCUUGCGCCCAAUUCAACGGUCCUCGUGUUCGGUGCCGGAACCGUCGGCCUUCUCUGCGCCGCCAUCAGCAAGGCGGUUAGCGACGCCAAGGUGGUCAUUGCCGAUAUUCAGGAGGACCGGGUCAAGUUCGCCGUCGACAACGGCUUCGCCGACGCCGCCGUCGUUGUGCCCAUGAAGCGGCCCGACACCAUCGAAGCGAAGCUUGAGUUUGCGAAGCAGGUGGCCGAGUCUGUCAAGUCGACGAUACUCAACGGCCAGGCCCUGGGCGAGGUUUCGGCAACCUACGAGUGCACCGGUGUCGAGACCUGCCUGCAGGCUUCCAUCUAUGCUACCGCCCCCGGCGGCCGUAUCAUGCUCAUUGGCAUGGGCAAUCCCAUCCAGACGCUACCCAUCUCGGCAGCAGCUCUCCGCGAGGUCGACCUAGUAGGCGUCUUCCGCUAUGCCAACACGUACCCGCGGGUCAUUGAGCUGCUGGCCAGCAAAAACCCACGGCUGCCGGAUUUUACCAAGCUCAUCACUCAACGGUUUUCCGGCUUGGAGAACAUCCCCAAGGCGUUCGACAUGGCUGCGAGGGUGAAGGAUGACGAGGGAAAGCUGGUCCUCAAGGUGAUGGUGGACAUGUGA